AUGCGUAGAAAGCUUUUCGUGCUUCUGGUUUUGCUCCUCGCCUCAAACAACAUUGCUUACGGCAAAAAUGGCAAUAAAACUAAAACAGAGAAUUCCAAUAAGAAUCGUAAUAAAUUAAGUAACAAAGCAAUUGAUAGAUUUAAACGAUCUUCCAACAAUCACCCGUUUUCUCACUUACCUAACGAUGACGACAUAACCUCGUAUAAUAAGUUAAAACUUAUGAACGGGAUGAUUAAUUCAGACAGAAUUGAAGAAGAUAUACCCUUUUGGGGCUCCAGGGGCAGGAGAGAGAGUUCCUCUACAGAGCACUUACAAGAAAGAUUCAAACCUAAGGAAAAUUACUAUCCCGACUGUAAUGGAAUGUGUUUCCCAUUUAAUUCGGACGAGCGGAACGAGGUUCCAUUUUGGGGUAAUCGCGGCCGACGUGAUUUUAAUUCUCAAAGCGGUGAAAGUAGUUUAUGGGAUGAAAGAUUUAGACGACAGGAUGAUGAUGAUGACAAUCCUUUUUGGGGUAGUCGCGGUAGAAGGGAUGAGGAUAUACCGUUCUGGGGUAGCAGAGGUAGGCGUGAGAACUCUUUGGAUUCAAAACAAUAUCUAUCAUCAUCAAAAUCUCCGGAUGUAGAAGAUGAUGAUGAUGAGGAAAUGCCAUUUUGGGGAAAUCGAGGACGAAGAAGGAUGAAUAAAGAAAAGGGUCACAGCCAGGAUGUCCCAGAACCUUUUUGGGGCAGCCGCGGAAAGAAAGGAAAAAAUAAGUUUCAGAAAACAGACGAAGAACAAAUACCAUUCUGGGGUAAUCGCGGUAGACGAAAGAACGAGCUUGGUGGUUAUGUAAUGAAAGGUUAUGAUUAUGACGACUUGGACAGUAUGUCAAAAAUGAAAAGAAAAGAAUUGUCAUCUUCGUUUUGGGCGAACAGAGGCAGACAGAGCAGAUUAAACAAUCUCUUCAGCGGAGUUAUACGUAGUCGAAUGCAGAACCUGCCGACAACAAAUGACCUCAAUAAAGAGGUCAGCAAGGGUUUUCAUAUUAAGCCAUCUGAACAAAACACCGUACACGACGACAGAAUUUAUGCGGAAGAGCCACAUUAUAUAUUGAUUGAACGUAGUAGCCGUGCUUCUGUUGAAGAUGAUCCAUACAUUAUUACUAGAGGCAAAAAAUACAGUAAUUUUCAUAUACCAAAAGCAGUCAGGGAUCGACGUGGAGCAAUCGACGAUAUCUUCAAGUCAGUGCAAAAUGAUCCUUAUUACAUAGCAAGAGGAAAAAAGGACUCAUUUGUUAAGCUUGGUAACACAAUCAUGUCAAUGGAAUCUUUAAAUAGAGAUAGAGAAGCGCUGUGUACUUUAAUCAAUUCUCUAUUAUCAAAAGCUGAAGGACAUAAAAUUAAGAGAGAAGUUGAUGAUUCUGAAAGAGAGAGGCGUACUAUUUUAAAAAAGCUUGCAGCACAACUUCAGCAGGAUCCUUACUUCGUUAGUAGAGGGAAAAAAGAUGCAAUUGAUAAUGAAAAAAAGAUCAAAGGAUUCGUCGAACAAGUAAUUGAAAUGUGUUAUUAA